AUGAAAAAUGAAAUAGAAGAGAUGAAAAUCAAACACCUGGAAAUUCUGAAGAAACAUUUGGAUGAAAUUAAGCAGAUACAGUCCCUUAUUGAGCAAUCACUGAUUACUUUGAAUAAAAUGGAGGAAUCCAAUGAAGUGUCUGUGACCAUGGAAUACAGAUCCCAAAACAAAGAAUUCAGAAAACUUCCUCCCAAACUCCGAGUCUCACUGCCUACAUUUAGUCCAAACACGAUAGACAGAGAACAGCUUUACAAGUCACUGGGAUCUUUGAUACCAUUAUCAUUUACAACAGAUGUAAAUGGCUACACGGUGAAGAAAGCUGAAACCUCACCCAAAGAACUGAUGGGUGAACCAGAGCUUGUCACUACAAUAAAUACUGGGUAUGAAGAUCUCCGCAGUGUUACCUGUCUGAGAGAAGAAGAAUUCUGGACAAGUGGAAAAGUCAGUGAUAUGAAAUGCUUUAAUGUUCAAGGUACAGUUAUUAAUACAAUCAAAACAAAAUCAGUGGAACAGCCAAAUGAUAUAGCAGUGACAAGUGAUGGGGAUCUAGUGUACGCUAGUGGGACUGUGAAUAAAGUGAAGAGUGGACAGACAGAGGAGGUGAUCAGAUUACAGGGCUGGAUACCUAACAAUCUCUGUGUCACCUCCUCUGGUGAUCUCCUGGUUACCAUGCACAGUGAUGAUGAAACACAAUCCAAAGUUGUCCGUUACUCGGGUUCCACAGAGAAACAAACAAUCCAGUAUGAUGAUGAGGGUAAGCCUCUAUAUUCAGGAAAUAAUUACACUAAAUACAUCAGCGAGAACAGAAACCUGGAUAUCUGUGUGGCUUACUGGGGAGCUGGUGCAGUAGUGGUGGUCAACCAGGCUGGAAAACUUCGAUUUAGAUACACUUGUCAUUCUUCUUCUACCAAAUACAAAGCAUUCAAACCCUGGGGAAUUACAACAGACAGUCAGAGUCAGAUCCUGACAACAAACUGUGGUAACCACUGUAUUCACAUCCUGGACCAGAAUGGACAGUUCCUCUGCUAUAUAGAUAACUGUGAUCUGAAGUGUCCCUGGGGUUUAUGUGCGGACAAAAGUGACAAGUUGUUUGUUGCUGAGAAUUAUAGUGGAAAUGUGAAGAAAAUCAAAUAUCUACAAUAA